CCGGGAGCCGGUUUCCCCGUUCAGCUCACCCCGCCUCCUUCCUCCAGCCCCCGCCCCGAUCCCCGGGCUCCUCCCUCGGCCAGCCCCCGGGGCGGGGCCUCCCCGGCCCCGCUCCGCUCUCCCUCUACCCGUCUCCCCACGCCCCGCCUGCUUGGCUCCCAGACGCUUGGAGGGGGUUUUUCACUUGGCGGCUGCUGCGGGCUCCGGGAGCUGCGGGCGGCGGCGGCGCUUCCCUCCCGUCGGCAGCCACAAUGCAGUUUAUGUUGCUUUUUAGUCGUCAGGGAAAGCUCCGACUUCAGAAAUGGUAUGUCCCAUUAUCGGACAAAGAAAAGAAAAAAAUCACAAGAGAACUUGUUCAAACAGUUUUAGCCCGUAAACCCAAAAUGUGCAGCUUUUUGGAGUGGCGAGAUCUGAAGAUUGUCUACAAAAGAUAUGCUAGCCUGUAUUUCUGCUGUGCUAUUGAAGAUCAGGACAAUGAACUAAUUACCCUGGAAAUAAUUCAUCGUUACGUUGAACUACUUGACAAAUAUUUUGGCAGUGUGUGUGAACUUGAUAUCAUCUUUAAUUUUGAGAAAGCUUAUUUUAUUCUGGAUGAAUUUCUUUUGGGAGGAGAAGUUCAGGAAACAUCCAAGAAAAAUGUACUUAAAGCCAUUGAGCAGGCAGAUCUGCUCCAAGAGGUUCUGCUAUCCAUAUGUGUUCUGAAACCACGCCAUGAAUACUUUAAUGUCCCUGUGUACUAAAUGACAUCACUCAUCGAGUAUGCAGAAUUUCACAGAGGAAAUAGAGCUGAUUUACUUAUGACAGAACAGCUGGUGAAACAAAUCAUCUUGAACAUAGAAUAUCAUAACCAUUUUACUGUUGUGCUUUGUCCUCCCUAUUUAUAUCCCUACCUUUACGUUGUUUUUUCCCCAUGUCAUCUUGAUGUAGUUUGUUCCUGUCAAUAUCUGGUUUAGUUUUUUUCAUGAAAUAAUAUGACAUGUGUAUGUUUAAAAGUUUUCAUCUUAAGUACAUAAUUGUUAUUAACAACCACCUGUGAUUAAUUUCAUAGUUAAAGGAGAUGUUUCAUUAUAGCCAAAAUGAGUAAUAUAGUAUCAUAUGGCCCACUAAAGCUAAACCCAAACUAGCAGUAGUGAUAUGUAGAAUAGUAUUUGUUUUUCAAAACGAUAAUCUCAAAUUUCAUAAUGAAUAUGUCCUAUUAAUGCUGCAUAUUUAAGUAUAUAUAGAAAUAACACAGGAAAAUUAUAAAUUGAAAAUCCAAGGCAUAUUAUAGUAUAGUGGUUAAUACACAAAUGAUUUGUCAUUUAUUAAACUGGUAUGAAGAAGGGUAGAAUUCUGCAUUUGCUCAAUGAUUUAAUUAAUGAAUUGUCUUUUUGCACUGUAUGGUAGCCAGUAUUGAACAAUAAUGAUUCAAAACUUUUACUACUCUUUCUAUUUAUAAGGAUAGCAUUUCAAAAGGAAAAAUUCCAUAUAAUUUCAUAUCUUGAGCAAAUCAGUAGACCAUUUAGAAGCAUAAUCACCUCCAAAAUAAUUAUCUGAUCAAACUAAUCAUUGUGACAGCCUAUCAAAAUAGGUUAGGCAAGUUAUUAGGAAUUAAGUUAUUUGUAUUUUAUAAAUUAAGUUAUUUGUAUUUUAUAGAUCCUAAAAUAAUAUAUGUGCUAUCACAAAAGGUUUAAUCAUAUUGGGAAUAUAUUGUAUUCUAGGACCUAGUUAUAAGUAAUUUUUUCCAAAGAUAGUAUUUUUUAAGGUAAUACAGUAUUUAAUGUAAUGUUAACAUGCACAUUAUCAUGCCCGUUGGCCAAAAAUGCAGUGUGCUGAGCUGUACCAAAAUGUUGCUUUUCUUGUUCUUUGUAUAUAGCUGCUUGCUUUAAAUGACUACUUUCCGAAAUAGCUUUCUUGGCAUGUCUAAAAUAAAAAUAUUGCAUGCA